AUGGUUCGGGACGUCAAUGAUAUCCCGGCUGAGGCAUGCACGUUCGCCUUCGCUUUCUCUGGGCAGUUCAUUUUGGUUGAAAUCAUGUCAGAGAUGGAGGACAUGAAAGAGUUUCCAAAGGCCUACUUCGCGUAUUCACUGCCCUUCCAAGCUGCAGCUUUCAUUGGCGUUGGGCUGUCCGUCUAUUACUUUCGAGGCGAUGCUGCUUCAGGGAUGAUCGUUGACGAGAUCCCCUUUGGCAAUUCCGAGCGAUAUGCUGCCAUAUGCCUCGUCGGGCACAUGCUGAUCACCUAUGUGAUCAAAAGCGUAGUGCUCUGCCGGGGUCUUCUCAAAGAAUUCCAUCGCCGCGAUAUGAUCACAUCCAGCAACACCUGGGCGGCAUGGCACUACAUGGUCUUGGCCGUUCUUGCCUCAUCGUGGCUCCUGGCCCAGAUCGUCCCGUUCUUUUCAGACCUCGUGAACGUGCUUGGUAGCACCUUCACUCCAACCAUUGCUUUCAUGACGCCGAUGUUUCUCUACUUACUCCUGGUGCGAGUCCAGGACUUCACUCCAAGCCGGCUGGAAAUGGUGGCCAUUGCGGUCGAAAUUGCCGUUUCCGUCGUCAUGCUUCUGUACGGUGCUUUCACAGGUCGGGGCCGCUCGAGGAGUUGGGACGUCAGGGGCAAGGCGCCGUCUGCUGGCGUCGAAGACUUCGAGGACUUCCAGCAGGAAGCUGGUGCAACGAAAGCAUCUUCGCCAGCGAGGGACAUCAUUUUCGAAGAUGUGACUACUGCCUUCGAGGAUGUGGAUGGCUUGAGUGACUGGGAGGCCUCUAAUGCACCCCCCGAGAAGGAGGUGCAACCCAGGAAGCCGGCACCGAUGAGCGACGAGGAACUCGCGAGCGCGAACCUCCUGACCCUGGCCAGAGACGAAUUUGUGUGGGCAGUUGGACGUGCUGCGACAAUUGGGUUGUCUCCUGAAGCUCGUCUUUGGCAAGACGUACCAAAUGCCAUCCUAACCCUUGGAGGCGAGAACGAGCUAUCUCCGUCGGAGGUUUGCCGGCUACUUCAAGCUUUGGCUUAUGCUCCAGCCAGUGUUCCUAUCGACAUGUCCAUGCUUCAGAAACUUUUGAAGGUCUUUGCUCUCCGUGCGAAAGAGUACAGUGAUGAACGUUUAAUGCGCGUGGUAUAUGCAUACGGAAAGCUCGCUGCCAAGCGUGGUUUGCAGCAGACUCGGUUCAUGGAUUUUGCGACUAGCGAAAUCGUCGAGCGAGACCGAACUUUACGAUCCUGGCGGAAGGUCCGCAUCCUUGAAGCAAUCGGGUCCCUACCUGAAGCUGGACCUGAAUUCAAAACUGUCUUGGUGGGGCAGAUCAUGAAGACUGGCCUGAAGAACCUGGAUGCCGAGUGCAUGGGCCGCUUUGUUCACAUGGUCGUAGAUACGAAGUACCACGAGCGCUCUGGCACAGUCCAGAGGCUAAACACUAUAUAUCAACUGAAGCUGAAGCAUGUCCGAUUCAACAACCCUGAGCUCAUCCUCCUCAUGGGCCUGCCAAUGUUUCUGCAUGAUUUGAUGAAGACGUCCGUGCUCACGCGUUGGCUGGACCGCCUCGCACGGUUGAGGCUACCUGUGGAAGCUGGCAGUGCACCGCGAACUCGCGCGACGACUCGCUCAGCAAUUGUGGUGGCCCCUGACGAGCAAGCCGAAGAAGCACCACGCAAGCGACCACGUAGCUAUGCUCUCGGCCCAGCAAACUCGACAACAGCAGCCAGGAACCUGGAAGGGCUGAAGUUGGUGGAGUUCGUGCUUAGGCACGAGAGACCUGGCAUUAUGCAGUCCUUGACCCCGGUGGCAGUGCAACUCUUGUCUACUGUGAGAGAAAUGCAGCUGAGACCACCCGAUGACUACCAGAUGCUUGAGCUUCCACACGUGUACAGCGAACUUUCAAGGCUCUUCCCAAAGCUUGGGGUCCUUCUGCAUCCCAGCAUCUGCGGACCAUACCUGCUGGAGCUGGCGGAUCCACUCGGCUUGGUCGUUGUUGAGUGGGACCAGGGAUGGCUUUUAUAUCCGCCAUGGAGACGAAAAAGGCACCAGGAAUUCGUGUUGCGGAAGCACUUACACUUGCGCGCCGAGGGCUGGAAAGUUGUUACACUGCCUCUUACAGAGUUCCAGGAGCUCACGACUCGAAGCGCCAAGCUCCAUUAUCUGGAAGGCUUCAUCGCCAAGCAUGACAUGGAGCAUUUGCGUGUCGAAGCAUCGACCGCCGCCUGCACGCCUAACGUGGAGCAAGGACUGGAGCGGAGCAGUUCAUGCUUCGCUUGCAUGACGGCUUUGCCAGAGCUUCACCAGCUUCAGUCUGCGAGGGCAGCUCAGAAUGCAGAGACCCGAGUGGCCCCCUUCGAAAAGACUCCACUCUUGGCAGCCAAUCGGAAUGGUCAUGGUGUUCCGUCCCUAGAGCAGUUGAAGGUGUGCAUGCGAUUCACGAAGGACGGCAGCAUCUACCAGCUUCCAAGUGCAAAUUCCUCCAUUCAGGCGAGCCUCUGGCAGUGCCUGGUUUGGAUUUUGAGGCUGCUUCAAGUGCUGAUGCCAGCGUUCUAUUUCGUCGUGAACAAGCCGUGCAGCCACCCAGAUGACGCGACCGCGGACUGCAACCAUUUGUUAAUGUCAAGAGCAUGGCGCCUUAUUACAGUGGCUGCCGUGGUCGCUGCCGAAGGAGGUCUCGGCGAAGAAGCGGCUCUGGAAUUUGUCGGCAUUGGCGAUGCCAAGCUGUGCUGCGAGCAGGUGCUCAGGCCGGGCUUCGUUGAACGGUCUGCCGGCAUUCCUUCGGCUCGAUUGCUGACGCCUGCAUGUAACUGGCAGCGGAUUCUGCUCUUCAAGUUCUCCUCGCCUGAUGCUGCUGAUGAGGUGGAUUUGCGACUUCUGCUGCAAAUCUGUGAAACUUGGGGCAAGCUGGGUCCCAAAGAUGGACUCCUGACGAACAGCCCCAAGAGCUUGUCACCUUGGUGGCGUUCCAUCGUGGCAGCCAUGGAUGGCAUUCCUCUAGCUCAUCGAGGCUUCGCACAGUUUGCAGCGGCAGUUGUGCAACGAGUCAUUUGCGACUGGUGGCACACGCAGGGGCAGAAGCUGGUAGUGGGUUGGAGCCCCAUGUGUGGGUGGACAGCUUGGGAGGAGGACGAAGCGUGUGAUUGCGCAUCAUUGCACAGAGAUCACAUACGUCGAUUAUUUGCAACAGGAUUUCCUGAGGACAAAGCGCUUACUGGAGUCACUGGAGCUAGCGAUCGACUCUUUGCAGACGGUGGCUUUGUGAACGAUCCCAGUAUUCACACCAGCCACCUUCGCUCUCUGGCUUCGCGCGGGAAGGACAAGCCGUGGUCACGGUUCCUGGUGCGGACGCCCACGAUUCACCAAAGAGAUGCUCAGGUGGCCAGCCAGGUGAAGUUUGGAGAGCGCAUGGCUACGGCCUCGCUGAAUCUGGCCGAGAUGCUCGGCCACCAGACUCUGACAAUGUCGGAGCUCUUGGACCGAGCAGGGGAGCUGCGGAGCGACUCUGCUUCUGAAGACCAGCCAAAGUUCGGAAUCCGCCGUGUCUUCCAGGACGCAGAGGUCGGCACUUCGGUGUCGCCUUUGCGUCGGUACGGCCGCUUCCUGCCUGCCCGACGCUUUGUGGAGCCUUCGGCGGGCCCUCGCACAAAGCACUGCGCCGCUACGGUCACUUCUUUGCGAGUCGAUGCAGACAUGUGCAGGCGCGUUAUUGACUCGCUUGGCAUCAACAUGGCCAAUCCAGAGCAUAACGACACCGUCAAGGAAAGGCUUGCAGGAAUUUAUGUGGGCGACGACUGUCUUGUCGUGUUGACACGCACGGCAAGAUCGGCCCUGGAUGGAUUGCUUCGGGGUUGGGACUGCUUUUCCUGGUACGGCCAAGAAUCUGCUCCUCAUUUUGACAGGAUGUGGGGCGUCAUCCUCCAUGCAUCUGUUCUGGCCACUGAGAUAGCCGUCCAGCGAAUGACGCAGGUGGAGCUUCACCAGUACCGGCUUGCUGCAGCGUCCUUGGACCAGCACUGCGAGCUCCCGAAGUUCUCUGGUCAGCCUCCAGCAGCGACCUCCUUGGCCUGGUUGGAGUUACAACGCAGCAUUGCCAGCCUUGCUUGGCUGAGCUUCAACGCCCUGCCAUACAAGCGUGGUACACCAAGCACGGUGCUGGUCAUCCAUCAUGCUCUUUGGCUGGCACUCUUUCCGGCGGAAGAUCGCCAAGACGUUCUGGUUCAGUGCAUCCCACGAAUCCGGGAGGGUAUCGUGCCCGACCUGGAAGCUUUCUCCACUGACCUUGACGAGUUCGUAAACGAGAGGUGGUGGCACAUCUUUGAAGAGCUGGCAGCAGCCGAAAAUUUGCUGAGCUGCCUCAGUAACCGCUUCGAAGGUGUCACGCGCUGGAAAGAUGGGACGAAGCAAGCUACAUUCGAUGUCAGCCAGAGCGUGUCGAAUCCCCUGCCAGCCUACACAACUUAUUGGCGACCGAGUUUCUCAACAGCUCCCGCCGUAGUUUGA